AGUAGUCAUGUUGUCAUUUCCGCUAGUGUGCUACAGAUAUGUCUACGUGACGAUGUAAUAAUGUGCAAGCAAUGUUUUUUAUUUUGAUCUGUUCCUAGUCUGCUUUCAUCUCUUUUCAGUUAGCGACUUAUUUGAAGGUUCAGCGUCAACAAAGCCAAUAUUAGACUCAACUUUGUGCAAGUUGGAAACUCCAGCUAGUGGCCCGCCAAAAAUCUAUCGAGGCUAGUAACCAUUUUGUUCUCUUCUCGCGAGCAGCAAUGAGUGGCGGCUUCAACUUUGGACAGCCCUCCACGGGGUUUACAUUCGGAGCUCCGAAGACGACAGCCGCAGCAGUACCCACGGCGGGGUUUGGUCUGACGACGUCCACGCCUGCUGCCUCCGGCGGCGGCGGCUUCUCUUUCGGGUCAGCCCCCCCACAAGCCGGUGCUGGUAACCCCACCGGUGGUUUUAGCUUCGGCACCCCAGCAAAGAGCACAGCCCCCGGUGGCAGCCUCUCGUUUGGGACGCCCACCACCAGCACGUUUAGCCUGGGUUCGACUCCUCAAGCUACCACGGCAGCACCAGGGACUGGUCUCACAUUGGGCGCCACCACCGCGGCUCCGGCUCCGGCUGCGUCAUCAGGGUUCAGCCUCGGCUCGGGCUUGACGGCACCCGCAGGAGGAGGCUUCUCCUUUGGGGGCGCCACCCCAGCUCAGACCCAACCAGCUGCAGCUGCAGCAGCAGCACCCGCCACCACAACAACUGCGGUAGGUAGUGUCUCAUUUGGAGGGUUCAGCUUUGGCGGAACGAAGGUCCAGGUCACCACAGCUGCUGCCACCCCUGCUGCCCCAGGGGGAGGCUUCACUUUUGGCUCCAGCGCCUCCUCAAACCUCACCCUGGCUUCCCAGCCUACCUCCACCACCGCACCCACAGCUGCCCAGGGUGGAGGGUUCAGCUUGGGGAUUAAACCUUCUUCAACCCCAGCUCCCCCUGCAGUGACCCAAGCGGCCGCAUCAGCAGCCCCCUCUCUGUUUACAGCCCCCGCCCUGACAACUGCCACUGCAGCUGGUUCAGGCUUUUCUUUCGGUGCUGCUCCGACUUCAGCGGCACCUCCUGCUACAACCACAGCAGCCAGCGGAGGUCUGUCGUUUACGCUCAAGCCCCUGGGAGCAGCAACCACAAGCUCCAUCGCCGCCCCAGCCUCCACAGCCACGACCGGGGCCACCACCACGGGCUUCUCGCUGGUACUCAAACCCACAUCCAGCACGAGCGCCACCACGACAGCGCUGACGACGGUGGCCGCCGCCCUCACCACCACCACCGCCGCUCCUCCUGUGAUGACCUACGCCCAGCUGGAGGGUCUCAUAAACAAGUGGAGCCUGGAGCUGGAGGACCAAGAGAGACACUUCCUGCAGCAAGCCACACAGGUCAACGCCUGGGACCGCAUGCUGGUGGAGAACGGCGAGAAGAUCACAUCCCUGCACAAAGAGAUGGAGAAGGUGAAGCUGGACCAGAGGAGGCUCAACCAGGAGUUGGACUUCAUCCUGUCUCAGCAGAAGGAGCUAGAGGACGUUCUCAGCCCGCUGGAGGAGUCUGUGAAGGAGCAGAGCGGAACCAUCUACAUGCAGAACGCCGACGAGGAGCGCGAGAGAACCUACAAGCUGGCAGAGAACGUGGACGCACAGCUCAAGAGGAUGUCGCAGGACCUGAAGGAGAUCAUUGAGCACCUGAACACGUCCAGCGGCCCGGCGGACACCAGCGACCCGCUGCAGCAGAUCUGCAAAAUCCUCAACGCCCACAUGGAUUCCCUCCAGUGGAUCGACCAGAACUCUGUGCUCCUGCAGAGACGAGUAGAGGAGGUGUCCAAACUCUGCGACAACCAGCGCAAGGAGCAGGAGAAGACCUUCCGUUUAACUUUUGACUGACUCGGCGAAUGUGAUUCAUCACCAAAGUGUUCAUCGCUUCUUUUGUCCUGUCAGCUCUUCUAGGAUGCAUCCUUUGCAAUGCAGCUUGUUUUUUUAAAUAUAAAACUGAAGAAAAUGACAUCUGUUAUAUUAAUAAAUAUGCAAUUUAAAAAAAAUCAAA